UUUAGGUUGUCGUUUAAAUGUCUGAAGAAGGAAGGGAGCUCAGGAAAGUGGAAGUUGCCCUGAGAGACUUCUCAGUGUGAUUCAGAAUGAUUGAGGAGAGUGGGAAGAGGAGGAGGACCAUGGCAGAGAAGAGGCAGCUGUUCAUGGAAAUGAGCUCACAGGCAGUGCCAGCACAGCGGGCUUGCAGCCUUGCAGAACAGCAGUUAAUUGUUUUUCCUUCCUUUUCAGUUCACCUGGUUGAUAUCUGGAAUAUGAUCGAAGCCUUCCGAGACAACGGCCUUAACACGUUGGACCACGGGGCGGAGAUCAACGUGUCCCGCCUGGAAACCAUCAUCUCCUCCAUCUACUACCAGCUCAACAAGCGCCUGCCCUCCACACACCAGAUCAGCGUGGAGCAGUCCAUCAGCCUCCUCCUCAACUUCAUGGUAGCAGCCUACGACAGCGAGGGCCGCGGGAAGCUGACGGUGUUCUCGGUGAAAGCCAUGCUGGCCACCAUGUGUGGGGGGAAGAUCCUGGACAAGCUCAGAUGUGAGUACUCCCGAGCAAUCCCAGUGUUUGUGGACUGUUUCCUCUCCUGUGCUCGUUUCUUCCACCCCGUGGAGUGCUCGUACUGCCACUGUGAGAGCAUGAUGGGCUUCCGGUACCGCUGCCAGCAGUGCCACAACUACCAGCUGUGCCAGAGCUGCUUCUGGAGGGGCCACGCCAGUGGCACCCACAGCAACCAGCACCAGAUGAAAGAGCACUCCUCCUGGAAAUCCCCGGCCAAGAAGCUGAGCCACGCCAUCAGCAAAUCCCUGGGCUGUGUGCCCAGCAGGGACCCGCCCCGGCCGCUGUUCCCAGAGCAGCCUGAGAAGCCCCUG